AUGGAAGUCGAUCUUGUCAAUUAUGAGAAUUUGUCCGGUGGAUACCCAGAUACCCAUCCAACUGGAACUAUGGAACACUGGAAUUCCGAUGAACUGACCUCUACUGAAGGUGUAGAGACUUCAUUUGCUAAAGCAGAUGAUAUAAUGAAAAAUGAUUUGCCAUAUCAUUGUGCCUUCAAUAAGAAAGCCACCAUGGCCAUCUCGCCAAGGUAUACGGACAUAUAUGCUAGUCCAACGGAUACAUACAUAUCCCCUCAAAAUGCAUCACCUGAGUCACUCUCAUCUCACCCGGAUCUCGGCAAGAGGGAAGAGUUUGUAUCUUCUGAUAUACCUGUAGACGAUGAAUUUACUGUAAGACCGCCAUCAUCUACUCAUGUUUCUUUUGCUUUAGUUUUAUUGACUCUCUGCGAUCUUUUCCCUUUCUGUCUCUCUUUUCAUACCAAGAUAUUUUUAGUCUAA